UCUCAUUCACUCUGCUCAACAGUUGCUCCAAAGCUUUUGAUUACUCUUCUCUGCUUCUGUAAUUCUCUAUUCUUAGUACUUUCUCUCUCUCUCUCUCUCUCUCUCUCUAGGGUUGGGAUUCUGUGUUUCCACCAUGGCUUCCUCUUCUUCGGAUCCUGGGUUCAAACCGGAAGUUGGUAGUGGCAGUGGCAGUGGCAGUGGCGGUGGCGGUGGAGAGAGUUCGGAAGCUAUGAUCGCAAAUGAUCAGCUAUUACUGUACAGAGGAAUAAAGAAACCAAAGAAAGAGAGAGGCUGCACUGCCAAAGAACGCAUCAGUAAGAUGCCUCCUUGUACUGCCGGAAAACGCAGCUCCAUUUACCGUGGAGUCACCAGGCAUAGAUGGACUGGUCGAUAUGAAGCUCACCUUUGGGAUAAAAGUACAUGGAACCAGAAUCAGAAUAAGAAGGGAAAGCAAGUAUACUUGGGGGCUUAUGAUGAUGAGGAGGCUGCAGCUAGAGCAUAUGAUCUUGCUGCCUUAAAGUAUUGGGGACCUGGGACACUCAUUAAUUUUCCAGUUACUGAUUAUACCAGAGACCUUGAAGAAAUGCAGAAUGUGUCAAGAGAGGAAUACCUGGCUUCUCUUCGGAGAAAGAGUAGUGGCUUUUCAAGAGGAAUUUCUAAAUACCGUGGGCUUUCCAGUCGAUGGGAUUCGUCAUUUGGCCGCAUGCCCGGAUCUGAAUAUUUCAGUAGCAUAAAUUAUGGUGAUGACCCAGCAGCAGAAAGUGAUUAUGUUGGGAGUCUUUGUUUCGAAAGAAAGAUUGAUCUAACAAGUUACAUCAAAUGGUGGGGGUCUAAUAAAACUCGUCAAGCAGAGUCUAUCUCAAAGUCAUCAGAAGAAAUCAAACAUGGUUACGUUGAAGAUAUUGGUGAACUUAAAACAUCAGAAUGUGCCAUCCAGCCUACUGAGCCUUACCAGAUGCCUCGUUUGGGCAUGCCUGUUGAUGGAAAAAAGCAUAAAGGCUCCGCAAUCUCUGCCUUGAGCAUUUUGUCACAAUCAGCUGCAUACAAGAACUUGCAAGAGAAGGCUUCAAAAAAGCAAGAAAAUAAUACUGAUAAUGAUGAAAAUGAAAACAAAAAUACCAAUAAGACGGACUAUGGUAAAGCAGUGGAGAAGCCCACAACUCAUGAUGGCAGUAAUGAAAGACUUGGGGCUGCAUUAGGAAUGAGUGGGGGGUUGUCUCUUCAGAGAAAUGUCUACCAACUGACUCCUUUCUUGUCUGCUCCACUUCUAACCAACUACAAUACCGUUGAUCCCUUAGUAGACCCCAUCCUUUGGACAUCUCUUGUUCCUGUUCUUCCCACUGGACUUUCUCGUAAUUCUGAGGUCACAAAGACAGAGACCAGUUCAACUUAUACUUUCUUUCGGCCAGAGGAGUGACUGCAUUUCUGUGUUGGUUCUGUAAUUUAUUUGAAAGCAGAUAUUUUAGAGGUUUGCUAAUGGAUCAUGAAAAAUGAAAGGAAAAAUGUACUGAUAGGUCUUUUGUUUUAUUAUUUUUUGCUUUUAAGGGGCUCUUUUACAGGUUAAUAUUACAUCUGCUUCAGAGAAUAUACAAUAUAUACAAAGGAGAAUAUCUAUGUGUAUGUAUAUUAAUCACAUGUAGAGGUUUCAACACAUCCUGAUGUAUUAUUUCCUGAUAUUCCAGAUUAUGUAUGUUAAUGUCAAAUUUGUGUC